CGCGGCUUGUCGCAGUGGGGCGGGCCGGGAGGUCGUCCUCCGGUGCGGGGCCGGCGUCACUGACCUCUGCCGCUAACGCAGCUGCUUUGUGCUCGCAGGCCUCGGGUCGGGACGUUGCCGGCGCUCCGCGGGGGUGCCGCGGGGAAACGCCGUGCCUCGCGGCGGCGUCCGUACCCCGGCCGGACUCGAAUGUCAAUCCGUUGUUCGGGGCACCAUGACGCUGAGGCUCUUGGAAGACUGGUGCCGGGGGAUGGAUGUGGACCCUCGGAGAGCGGUGUUGGUUGCCGGCAUCCCCCCGACCUGCACGGUGGCAGAGAUCGAGGAGGCUCUGCGGGCCGGUUUGGCGCCCUUGGGCGAGUGCAGACUGCUCGGGAGAAUGUUCCGGCGGGAUGAGAACAGGAAUGUGGCCUUGGUGGGACUGACUGAGGAGACGUCUCAUGCUGUGGUCCCUAAGGAGAUACCUGGAAAGGGGGGUGUCUGGAGAGUGAUCUUUAAGCCCCCAGGCCUGGAUAAUGAAUUGUUAAGCAGAUUAAAUGAAUUCUUAGAGGGAGAGGGCACAAGGCUGGGGGAGCUGACCAGAGCCCGUGCAUAUGGAAACGACCCUUCUGACCUAGGCCAGAACAUGAUCCCAGAGGUGCAGGCCCCUAUGUUGGCCCGGGCCUUAGAGGAGGCUCUUCAGCCUGUUCUGCAGUACCUGAAAUACAAAAAGCUGAGAGUGUUCUCGGGCAGUAACCCUCCAGAGCCAGGAGAAGAAGAAUUCGAAUCCUGGCUGUUUCAUACUACUGAGAUGAUGAAGACAUGGCGGGUGUCUGAUAUAGAGAAAAGGCGGCGAUUGCUAGAGAGCCUUAGAGGCCCAGCAUUUGAUGUUAUUCGCGUCCUCAAGACAGACAAUCCCUUCAUUACCGUCACUGAAUGCCUGCAGGCUCUUGAGCAGGUAUUUGGGGUGAUUGAUAAUCCUAGGGAAUUGCAGAUCAAGUAUCUGACCACUUACCAGAAGGAUGAAGAGAAAUUGUCUGCUUACGUGCUAAGGUUGGAGCCUUUAUUACAGAAGCUGGUGGAGAGAGGAGUAAUUGAGAAGGAUGUUGUGAAUCAGGCCCGCCUAGACCAAAUCUUAGCUGGAGCCGUGUGCAGAACCCUUCGCAGGAAGCUGGCCCUGCCGCAGGGUGGCCCAGCCCCUGGCUUACUGCAGCUGCUGGAGCUGAUAAAGGAGGAAGAGGCAGCUGAGGAGGAGGAGGCCCUUCUCCAAGAAGGGCAUUUGUCCUGAGUCUUAGGCAACCGGGAAGGGAGAGCUGGCAGCAAGCAGAGCAUGAAGGUAGAACAGUGCGUGUCCUCAUGAUAGACGUUGAUCAGUUCCUUCCUUGUGCGGCCAAGGAGCUCAUUCUGUACAGUUCUCUGUCUAAAUCCUUUGUCAUUUCUGGGCCUGUUUCGUGUCUCCCAAAGGUGUCCUAGACUAGGAAGAAUGUAGUUCUGCACUAGUAUUUAUGAAUAUAGAUUUACUCCUGUGAAUUUAUCAUACAAAAUUGUACAGAGGGCCCUUCGCUAUGUAUGCAUGUGCUCUCAGAGAUGUUAGCUUAUGUAGUGUGCAAGGGUAGCGUGUCUGGUGUGAUGAUGUAUCAGAGGUAGUUUUUAGGUGUGUAUUGCCCUAAGU